AUGCUUCUCACCCAAGAGUCGCGACCUUUGCCACUCACCCGCAGGAAUCUCAAGAAACUCGACAAGAUGACAGCCUCUGGGACUCAUUCGAGUUCCACACGAACCCGCACGACGUCAUUGGGAACUUCAAGCCUCAACCAUCGCCGCCAGAAGCUCGAAGUCGCCGGUGUUAAAAUAGUCCGCGGACCACCUCCCCUGGAGAUUCAGGCUCUGUUGGAACUCAUCUGGGCACGCGAAGUGUCGGAUGAGAGAAGAGAACAAGUCACCAAGAUAGUCGACAAAAUGUCUGGCAAUUUCGAACUUCUCGACCACGGUUCCAGAGAAGAUGACUGGAUCGAUCCAAUCGUCCUUGCCCUCGGGGAAUUGGAUCCAGACAACGUCUUCUGCAUGGCCAAAAAAUCAGAUCUGAGCGAUCGGCUCCGGCCGGCUCCGCCACCACCUCUACGCCUUCGUCGACCUCUUCCACGACCUUCUCGGCUUCCACGGCAGUGUAAGAAACCACAAGGUAUCCAGCGAAAAUCAACCAAGCUGAAUGCCUCACGUUCUCUCCCUCUUCCGCCUCCUACUUCGCCACCAUCACCACCACCACCACCGCAGUCAAGUGCUGCACCUAUUCAAACUCCCAUCCCAGACGUUCUGCUCGGCUUCCACCCUCGAAAAAUAGUUCAGGCACUGGUUCAGCGAAGCCUCGGCAAAGAAACCGCAGAAAGAUACCUAGAACAACUCAACGACAUGCGCGAACUCUGCUUCACACCGACUCGAGAACAGGCCAUUGCGGUUCGAUACCCGUUCCUCGUCAUCGAAGGAAAGGCGUAUUCGACCGGACAAGGGCUUUCCGCGGCACAUUACCAAACUUCUCGAGCCGGCUGCUACCUAGUCAACCACCAAAGACAACUCAGGAAGGCGUUGGAGAGCAACUGUUUCGGCCCGGGAGGAAGUGGCAAGAGCCCACUCGUCUUCUCCAUUGCGACCCAUGGGGAUGUCCUUGAUCUCUGGGUGCACUAUUUCGACCACGGGUACAAGAUGAACCGCAUCGACGUGUACGGCUGGCGUGGGUUUGGAGACCUUUUCCUGAAGCUGGAACGUAUCAUGGGAUGGUCCAAGGACAAUACUCUCAACCAGGUGGCCGAUGCCCUGGUUGCGAAGUUCUUGGAUAGGAUGCAAGAACCGGAGGAAGACCCGGAGGCAAUGGCAACUGUUUCGUCCCCCGGAGAUCAGUGCAAAUCCCUGCUCGUCUUCUCCGUGGCGAUGGUGGGACAUGUCCUGGACCUCUGGGUGCACUACUUCCAAGAGGGUUACGAAGAUCAGUACCUGAUGAAACCGAUGCAGACCCGCGGCGUGUUCGAGCUCACAGACCUUCUGUUGAACUUGGACCGCAUCAUGGGAUGGUACAAGGACCAGACCCUCAACCAGGUGGCAGAUGCCCUUUUCGCCGAAUCCCUGAACUGGAGGGGAGCAUCGGGGGAGAAUGUGGAUGCAAUGGCGUUGGACGAAUGA